GGGCAAACGAACCAGAACAGGCGCACGUAGAAAACAUGCAAACGGAAUCGUUAACCUCAGUGGAAACUGUUCCAUUAGAAAUCAGUCUUUUGCCCACUCUUCAACAAACAGAGAAAUCGGGAUCAAGUUCAAAUCUUCAACAACGAGAGCAUUUAGAACCUAUAACCCCAAUGGAAACGUUUCUCAAAGACCACAGUUCUUCCCCAAGCCACCUACAAACAGAGCCCUCUGGAUCAAGAUCAAAGUCAGAAAAAAGGAAUUCACAAUCAUCGCAAUCGCUUACACCGCCUUCCAAAACCACAUCAACAACUGCGACUUUGACUUCAGGCGCAUUUUAUAAGAAACCAUUCGUUUAUGGAAAAACUGACGACGGUCUAGCGAAGUUAAUCAAGGUCAAUAAUGCGGACAUUGGGAAGAGUUACCUUUUAAAAACGCUUUCGCAAGAAGUUCUGAAAAAUUGCCCACAUCUUGAAAAGAAACGCCUGCUGCUGUCGAUUACUGACGGUGAUGACCCAGUGUUAAACGAUGUGCACUAUGAAACGUUGAAAAAAGGCAUCACGAAACUACUGCCCGGAACCUGCCUAGUGACGGGUGGUACAAACGCUGACGUCACAAAAUUAGUUGGAGAAUGCGUACGUUGUUUCAACGCUAGCGUUAGAGGCAACAAUGACCCGUGUAUGGCUAUCGGAAUUGUAAAAUUAGAAGAUCUGACAUUUCUUGAGAAUGAAGAUGUGCUUGGAAUUGACGACGACGGGACAUUAUAUCUCGUGGAUUUCAGUGGCAAAAGAUGGACAUUCAAUCCGGCAGUACUGCCAAAAUAUUGCAUGACAACUAGUAAGAAUGAAUGGCCAUCUGAGGAAACUUACGAUAUUUGUACGAAGGAUUCAUUGCCAUUUAAAGAGGGUGAUCUUGUAAAGAUCAGCAGCGAUCCAAAGACGAUGCAGAACCUGAAAGGCAUAACCAUUGAACAGACAAUCGGUAAAAUUGGUACAGUGAUGAAAGUUGAAACCAACCUUCAGAUUCAUGUCUGCGGGACUACACUGCAUUUCCAUCCAGAAGAUGUAACUUUAUUAUCUCCAGAAGUCUUGAAUCGUCAAUUAAAGAUUUGGUUGGAGAACCAUGAGCAUAAGAAGAACACAUUGGUGCAGGUCGUAUUGUCAGGCGAUGAAAACAAAAUGAAGGAGCAACUCAACGGGGCUAUAUUGAAGCAGAAACCUACUCGAGUCGACAUUGACUACAACGGUGACUUAUAUGUUAAGGAUAGGACAGGAAAGAGGAUCACAAUCAAACUGGAUGAACGAACCGACGUCAUUGCAAGUAGUGUUUAUUAUCUAAGAGGAACAGAAAUUAUCACCAAAGCUGACAGUUUAAGUGGUCAGCCCUUCGCGAUUGGUGAUCUGGUACAAAUCUGCAAUAACAGUAGGCAGUAUAAGGACAUGCACGAUCAUGAUUGGCGGAUUCGCUUUGAUAGGACAUACGGAAAAAUUGGUACAGUCCUUAAAUUAAACGAUGACAGCCUGGAGAUCGACGUGUGCGGUUAUAUUGACCAGUUUAGAUCAGAAGAGGUUGCUUUAGUGUCUUUUGAUUCCCUUACCAGCCAUUUAAAGAAAUGGUUCGAAAUCCACACGCCUAUUGACCAGAAGGACGAAAUGGUAAAAGCCGUACUGACAGAAAAUGUCAGCAAGGUGCGUGAGCUACUGCGGCGUGUCAAGAAGGAUGAAGAAAUGUUCGGUAUUGACGAAGAAGGGUUCUUAUUUGUCGUGGAUAGCACUGGCAAACGGACUUUUAAUGUUGUUGGUGGAUCAAUUUUUUCGCCCAUUGAGGUUGGCGACCUCGUGAUGAUUUGCAGCAACGAACACACACUCAAGGAUCUGCAAAACGGACUGUGGAGAACUGGCAUGGAACGGACACUCGGUCGAAUUGGUACAGUACUGGAAGUGCACAAAAAUAUUGAGAUGCGGAUCAAAGUAUGCGGUGUUGAAUGGUGGUACAGACCACAGGUCGUUGGUUUGGUAUCUCUAGAGCGUUUGACUAACCGCCUCAAGGUAGAGUUACAAACCGACCAGCCUGAAAAUCAUGACAAAUUGUUAAAUGCCGUGCUGAAACGAGAUGUCAUAAGUGUGGGUAAAGAACUAAACAAUUCUCUUAAGGCACAGGUUGUUUUCGGCCUCGACGACGGUGACCUAUUUGGUAUUGAUGUCAGCGGACAAAGGCACACUAUCAAUGUCAAUGGAACUCAUGUUAUUCCAACCUUCAAGAAAGGAGACCUGGUACAGAUCUGUCAUGACCUAACUAGGCUAAUCAAUUUACAAGGCAAUUUAUGGCAGAGCGGAAUGGAGAAGACAGUCGAUAAAAUUGGUAUAGUACGUAAUGUUGAACCGAACAAUUAUCUUCUUAUUGGUGAAUGGACAUGGACAUACAGAUCAUAUGCUGUUAAAAAAGUAUCACUUGAGAAGUUGACAGGCCAGACAAAGAAGUGGGUUGAGAUGUACAUGCUUGGAAGUGAAGACGACGACAUGCUUAAAGCUGUUUUGUCCGAGGAUGUUGACAAAGUGAGGGAACUUCUGAGCAGUAAUAGGAAUGAUCAGGGAGUGUUCGGCAUUGACAAAGAAGGGUCAUUAUUUGUCAUGGAUAUCAACAAUAAAAGGAGGACUUUCACUGUUGCUGGUGAUUCUAUUCAUCCAACUUAUUCAGAAGAUGACAUCAUACAGGUUUGCAGAAAAGAGAAACCGGGUACCAUUGCCACGGUAGUGAAGGAUGGCAAUACCGAUGAGUUGCUGAUUAUGGAGUGCGGUGAUGAAACGAACGUCAACCGAAAGGAUGUUAAAUUAGUGCCUCUCAAUAGACUGACUUCAGAGUUAAACAAUUGGUUUAAAAUCUACAAUUCUACACCUGAGGAUGACGAGAUGGUGAAAGCUGUUCAGUCAGACAAUACUGCAAAAGUUGGUAAAUUACUGAGCCAAGACAUAAAGGGAGUUCUGUCCCAGCGAGAGUGCGGUAUUGACAAAGACGGUUCCUUGUGUAUUAAAGAUACCAGCGACAAAAGACGGAAGUUCAUUCUUGCUGACGGUUCGAUUUCUCCAACAUUUCUUAAAGGUGACAUUGUACAUAUCUGCAGUGAAGCUAAGCUAGAUGACCAAAAUGACAAACGGAAAGAUUCCAUGAAACGGACAGUCGGUAAAAUCGGAAGAAUAGUUAAAGUGACAAAGGAAGCGACAAAGGAUAGUAAACUGCAGAUAAAAGUGGGCGCUGAUACUUAUUGGUACUGUCCAGAAGAUGUUUCUUUGGUUUCAAUCGUGCACCUGACUAGAAAAUUUAAGGAGUGGUUAGAGGAUCACAGGCCGCAACUUGAAAAUCAAAUGCUUGGGAAAGCUGUUUUGGAAGGAAAUAAAGAGGAUAUCCGUGAAGCACUUACUCAAAAGCACCAGCAAAAUGGAGUUUUCGGCAUUAACGACGAUGGCGACGUCUACGUUACUGAUACCGGCAAAAAAAGGCAAAAACUGCCAAAAGCUGAACAGAAUGACGACGCCAUUUUACAUGGUUCCACGUCAAUGGAACCUACACGUUUUGAUGCUGAUGGUUCUGCCAGUAAGCAGAUUGUUAAAAAAGAUGACUUGGUGCGUGUCUUGAACGACCAGUCGUUAAUUGUGGUUAUGCAGGGCGACAGUGAUAAUGUUGACACAAGGAAGAUUCUCGGUAAAUUUGGGAAAGUGUUAAAAGUGAAAAAUGACAACGCAAUCGAAAUCGAAGCGUGUGGUCUAAGAUUGCACUGCAGUGAAAACGCAGUUGUUAAAGUUUCUCUUGAGAGCUUGACUAAAAGGUUAAACGUGUGGUUUAAAGCUCACUGGCCUGAACCUGACGAAUUUGGAAAAGCUGUGAUGUCAGAAAAUUACAAAACAGUGGGUGAACUACUGUGCAAUUCUAUAGGGGCAUUCAACUUGCAAGAUGGCACUACUUCGGUUCUCAGAGGUAUGAAAGGAUCCCAAGAAACAAAUGGUUCGAAACGCCAAUUAGAUCCCAACCAUGGUCUAUUCAUCAUUGUCGACGAGGCAGUUGUUCAAAGUUUUGGAGGCGAGUUUAGGUUUCGAGCUAAACUACAUAAUGAACUUAUAUCAGAAAUGACUACAUUAAGACAGAAAAAUCGCAGUGAGUCAAAAAAGCCUGAUCAACCGAACGAAAAAAGCAAGGUAGAGUCGCCAUUGGAUCAGAAUGUGUCUAAUAUGGACACUAAAGAAGCUAGUGGGAUAAAGAAAGAAUCUAAGACUGUUUGCAAAAUACCAGCCAUCAACAUUGCUGCUAACUGUACUGGCAUGAAACUGGAGUCAGUUCAACGAGUAUCAAGACAUUACACAACCACGCUUAUAGUGACAUCCGAGGGGGCGAAAGAGGCCGUGGAUAUUGCCGAUUUAUUCAAAGAAGAAACAGAAAAAGAAAAACGGUGGUCGAGCAUACACCCAGACAACAUUGCUGAGGGCACUGCCACAGCACAAGUGUGUCAUGAUUCAACAGCGAGAGAGGCAUUGACUUCGAUGAACCUAAAUGCAUAUUCAACGAAACCUGAAGAGGGCUACUACAAAUUCUUCUCUAGAGAAAUAGUCAACGCCGUGUGUAAGAGCGAUAUAAAGUUUUUACAACAAAUUCAAACACUCGAUAGCAACUUUUUAAACAUGUUUUUAAUAGAAAAGAGCGAUUAUCGAAAAAUGUGCGAAUCGGUUAGUGAAAGAGUGACAUUGAUGAUUGCUAAAGAACAGUUAGACAGCAAACCACAGGAAAUGUGUUUGGUUUUAAAAAUCAUCAGACUGCUCACCACACGACCUGUGUAUGGCAAACGAGACAAGGGCUUUUGGACAUCUCCGCCCAACCAUUCAACAGAAGAACGGAAGAAGAUGGAAUCCGUAUUACCAUUUUGGAAUUACAUGUUUCUUUGGGCAUUAGUGUUGGAAAAACAGGAGGUGGCAAAAAAGUGCUUUCAGAAAGUGGAGCGUGCAACAGCGAUGGCUUUGAUUGCGUCCGAUUUCUAUGCAGCCUUGAGUAAAAAUGGUCAAUACAAUCCAAGGGAAGAUGCUUUGCAAAAGUGCAGCGAAUGGACCGAUGUGUCGAAAUGUAUCAUUGACGUAUCUUUCUCGGACGACGAACAAAAGACGUCCAAUAUGCUAUCACAAAAUCUGCCUUUCUGGGACAAUAACUCUUGCAUGGAGCUGGCCAUCCAAUCUAAAAAACGUGAACUUAUUGCACACCCUGCCUGUCAGAAAGCGUUUGACUCUUUGUGGGAGAUGGGCCUUCAAGGAAAGAAAUCGUCCAUUAUGUUUGCCAUGUGUAUUUUCUUCCCAGUUCUGGCAGUUUUUUUGCAAUUUAGUUCAUCUGCCAGUUUUUAUGAAAGUAUAAAGACAUUCUUCACCAUGUCAAAAACGAAAUUUAUAUACAACAUGAUAUUGUAUAUUGCGUUUUUGAUUCUCUUUGCUUACGUGCUCGUUUUUGAUCUCGGAGACACUGUUACGACCACACAAUACGUAUUGUUUGCAUGGGUGGUGACGUUGCUUCUGGAAGAAGUUAGACAGAUGGCAAAACAAAGAACAAAAUACUUCACAAACGGAUGGAAUGUACUUGACAUCAUAGCGAUCGUUCUAUAUUUUAUUGGCUUUGGUCUACGAUUUACAGACAUGUUGAACGCGUCUAGAGUCGUGCUUGCCAUAGAUUUUGUGGCUUUUGUUUUGCGUCUGAAUAAUAUUUUUUAUGUCCACAAUACCCUUGGUCCUAAACUCAAAAUGAUUCGCAAAAUGUUUCAGGAUCUGAUGUAUUUUUUAGUCAUCAUGGCAGUAUUCUUUUUUUCUUACGCCAUUUCAUCGUAUGCCAUCCUCUACCCUGAUUCACCAUUCACGUGGCAAACUUUGAGACAAGUGCUGAGAAGACCUUAUUGGCACCUUUACGGGGAACUGUUCUUGGAAGAAACGGAACAGGGUUUGGCAGACUGCACGAACGAUUCUCUUUUGUGGACGAACAACAUAUACCCUCGGUGUCCAAGUGAAACUGGAAAGAUUGUGGUACCCAUCAUGAUGGGGAUUUACCUGCUUGUUGCUAACAUCAUGCUUCUCAAUCUUCUUAUCGCAAUGUUCAGCUUUACCGUUAACGAACUUCAUAAGGACUCAAACAGCCUCUGGUGUUUUCAGAGGUAUAUAAUCUUAAACGAAUACGCAAACAGGCCGGUGUUUUGUCCACCUUUUAACGUGUUUUGGCUCGUGUAUCAACUUGUUGAAAUAUGCCGAGGCAAAGCUGUAGAAAUAUACCCCCCAUUUCGAGUGUCUCUGGAUGACCAGGAAAUGGAAGUAAUUUCUGACUUUGAAAAUGCAGCAGUUUCGAAAUACAUUAACUGUCAGAAACUGAAAGGACCUGAAAGUUCUGACAGCAAGAUAAAUACCACAACUGAAACGUAA